UCGUUAAUGCGACCAGUCUUGGCUAUGAAAUCAAUCCUGCAACUAAACCAAACUAAAUUGAAGUCAAUCGACGUAAAUUGAUUGCUUCGCAUUGUCAUUGAAUUUCAUUUUGAUCUACUUUAAAAGUAAUUUAAGUUUUCUACGCUCUACUCAAUCAGAUUAUAUAGAUUUUGAGUAGUAAUUACACUUAAACAAACUGGGGAAUUGCACGUGUAUGGAUAGCUCUGCGGUGAUACCAUUUGAAAACUCCGCAUCGGCAAAAACAUUGAAAAUGGAGAACAGUAUUGAUAUGUAUUACUUCCCGGCGAGUCCACCAACACGCGCAGUGUUGAUGCUGGCGCGUGCUUUGGGCCUGAUGAUGAAUCUAAAACUGGUCAAUAUCAUGGAGGGUGAGCAGAUGAAGCCGGAAUUUUUAAAGUUAAAUCCGAUGCACACGGUGCCAACGAUGGACGAUGGCGGAUACGUUUUAUGGGAAAGUAAAGCAAUAAUGAAGUAUCUAAGUGACAAGUAUGAUAAAACUGGCAAAUUCAAAGCGGUAAACGCAGAACACGAAGGAAAAAUCAAUGAAAUUUUGUAUUUUGAUGGUACUACUCUCUUUCCACGCCUCGGUGAUUAUAUGAGACCAGUAAUGGGCGGAUUGGAACAGCCAAACAAUGAAAAAUUAUCGCGCAUUGAAGAAGCUCUAAAAGUUCUGAAUGUACUUCUGGCUGGAAACAAAUAUGCGGGUGGUUCCCAAAUGUCUAUUGCUGAUUUUGCACUGACAAGCACAGUGUCAACAAUAGAGGCAGUUAAAGUUGAUCUAAGUCCAUAUGCAAACGUAAUGGCCUGGUAUAAGAUAAUGAAGAAAGAAAUGCCUGGAUUUGAUGAUAUCGAUAAAAAAGGAGCAGAUAUGAUUGCUGCUGUCUUUGCUGCUAAAGCUGCAUAAUCAAUUAAAUAAUAAACAAUAAUAUAUACAUGUUAAAUUUAAAUUAACCACAAAAUAUAUGCACUCAAAUCCUGGUUUCUCGAUAAUAUUGAUGUUUAAGAAUAAUUUUAUAUUUUAUUCGCAAUAAAAUUUGAAAACGAAAAAGAAAA